ACAGGCGCAGGAAGCCGCGGGCUAAGCCACCCCGUCGGGCCCUGCGACAGCUCCCUGCCAGGGAGAGGCCUGGUCCCCCGCGUCGUCUCAGGCUGCGGCCUGGAAGGGGCGGUGCUCGGGAUCCUCCUGGCUGGACCGCCCAGAACCGAAAGCAGCAGCGGGGCGGUGGGGAGGAAGGAGAGGCGGCUGCAGGGCUGGAAGGUGAGAGCCGGCCCGGAAUGUCCACCCGGCCGCCGCCUGCGGGCCAUGGCUCUGCGGCUGGGCGUCCACUUCGACGUGCGAGCAGACGUGCUCCCGAGUCUGCCGGCCCAGGCGGCGGCAGCGGCCGGAGGAGGCGGCGCAGGUGUUUUAGAAACAGCUCAGGAGAGCUUACAUGUACUAAACAUUGAAAGAAAUGGAAACAUUAUUUAUACCUAUAAGGAUAAUAAGGGAAAUGCUGUUUUUGGAUUAUAUGACUGCCAAACCAGACAGAAUGAGCAUCUGUACACCUUUGAGAAGGACAUGCAAGCUGUCAGCUGCUCUGUCAACAGCGAGAGAACCUUGCUUGCUGCAAGUUUCAUUCAGUAUACUAAGGAAGGAGUAAGGAAUGAGCUUCAGCCAGGAUCAAAGUGCUUAACUUUGCUGGUUGAAAUUCAUCCUGUCAACAAUGUGAAGGUUCUGAAAGCAGUGGAGAGCUGUAUUUGGGUACAGUUCCUCUACCCACAUGUUGAAAGUCAUCUUCUACAGAACCACCUGUUACUGAUUUCAGAAGAGAAAUAUAUUGAUCGGUUUCAUAUCCAGAUCACAAGAAAAGAUGGAAACAGAGUGGUGAUUAGAAAUUCUAGCCAUCUCCCAAGAGACAGAAUAGCUGAAGAUUUUAUUUGGGCUCAAUGGGAUAUGUCAGAGCAGAGAGUAUACUACAUUGAACUGGAGAAAUCAAAGAGUGUCUUGAAGUGCAUCCAGUUUUGGGCAGACGAAAGCUUUAAUUUAAUGUUUGAAAUGCCCUUGGACAUAUCAUUGAGUGGCUUAGGAUUUAAAUUUGUCAACUUUGGAUAUGAUUAUUAUCAAGACCAAGACAAGUUGUGCCGCCAGCCUUCUCUGUGCAUUUUUACCAACCACACAGGGAGUUUGUGUGUAUGUUACAGUCCAAAGUGUGACUCUUGGAAAGAAAUCACAUAUUCAGUGUUUUACCUUCAUAAAGGAUACAGAAAGACCUUCACUGCUGCUUCUGGGAGUGCUGACUCACACGUGGCAAAGGGCAUUACUUUUCUCAACCUUGGAAACAAAAUGGCUGCCGUGCUACCUCCCGGUCCUUUGCGGUCUCUGCCAGGGUCCCUGAUACUGGACUGCUCUUCUGGAAAGGUCUACAGAGCAGCCCUUGACCAGUCCUACUUGAUGUGGCUCCUGUGGAACGCCCGCCUGGACUGUGAGAAGAUGGCCGCACUGCACUGUGUACUCUCUUGUGGUCGAGACCCAGGUUUCCAGGAAGAUCAGAUUGUUCAAUGGAUUUGUGAGCAUGUCUCUGCCUGCCAUUCAUUUGACCUCAUUCAGGAAUUUCUAAUUGCUUCUUCCUAUUGGAGUGUGUAUCCAGAGAUGAGUGACGUGGACAUGCUCUUACCAUACUCCUCUGUGCUGACUUGGAAUGCAGAAAUUCCUGGAAUAACGCUUGUGACAGAAGAGCUCCCAUUGCCUCUUAUGAAGGUCUACAGCUUCAAGGGGUACUGGGCAAAGCUGAGUGCCAACCUCGAGUAUAUCAAGUACACGAAGCCUCACUUACACUAUCACAACAGCGUUGUGAGGAGAGAAUGGCACAACCUGGUCUCUGAAGAGAAAACAGGAAAAAGAAGGUCCACGACGUACGUGAAGAACAUCCUGGACAAUGCAAUCAAGGUGAUUUCUAACAUGGAAACGAGGACGUUGGAGCCAAAGUUAAUACCCCUCUUACAAGAAGAAGAUAGGCACCAGAGGCUGCUCAUGGGCCUGAUGGUAUCUGAGCUAAGAGACCAUCUCUUGAGACACCUACAGGGCAUAGAAAAGAAGAAAAUUGAACAGAUGGUUCUGGACUACAUUUCAAAACUGCUGAAUCUCAUUUGGUGCAUGCUGGAAACCAGUUGGAGGAAACACAGUGUGCAUCCUUGGGUUUUCCACCUCAAUGACCAUGGCAGUGCUGCAGAUUUUGAAGUCUUUCAUCUCAUGACCAGGAUUUUGGAUGCUGCUAACAGCCUGUGUUGCCCUCUGCCUCCUGGUUUCCACUCUCUGCACGUGAUUCUUGGUGUGCACUGUCUCCCUUUGUACAAUCUGCUGCACCUCAUUGACAAUGGGGUCCUGUUGCUCACUGAAACAGCAGUCAGAAGACUUGUGAAAGAUCUGGACAAUUCAGAAAAAAAUGAAAAGCUAAAAUUCAGCAUCAUUGUGCGGCUUCCUCCGCUUAUUGGCCGGAAGGUCUGCCGGCUCUGGGACCAUCCCAUGAGUUCCAACAGCAUUUCACGGAACCAUGUGGCGCAGCUGCUGAAGAACUACAGGAAAGAGCCUCGACACUCUAUGAUUGGCAAGUCAUCAUUCCCAGUAGAAUUUCUGCCUCUGAACUACUUCAUUGAAACUCUGACCAGCCUGGAGAGUUCCCACCAAGCUCUGUGUGAUUUUGAAGGCCAUGACAAUGUGGAUGCAGAAUUUGUAGAGGAAGCUGCUCUGAAACACACCAUGGUGCUUUUGGGCUUAUGAAAGCCACUAUGCAGGUGGACUGCUUUCAGUGUUUUAAUACUGUUUUCACCUCCUUUUCCUGGGAAUUCUUCAACAGUCUUUAAAAUUAAUAACAGUGCUUGGGCUUCACUUGUUCAAACAGAGCCAGCUGCUACAUGCCUUUCCAGUGUGAGCAGCCAGUGAACAGUCAAGAGUAAUGACAGUUUCUAUGUACUGUGACAGGAACAGUUCUCUUCCUGGUGGCUCAGUAGGCUGGGAACCAGUUCUGUGGCACUCCAGAAUCAAAUAAAAACCAUAGGGAACAAUGCUUAGGACAGGAAGAGCUACAGAUCACUGGAAAAAACAUAAAAUGAGCAGAAAAUGUAAAUGCUGUAAAGAGUAUUUGAGAAGAACCUGGAUUUGGACUAAACAAGAUUUGCCAUCUGCAGUAUUGAGUAAUUGUGACAAAUUAUGAUUUGUACACACAGGACUUAAAGCAGCCUCUGCCGUUAUGGUGGUUCAGAUGGAUCUGUAUUUAAUUUUUAUAUUUAUGGAAGUUUGAGUUAGUAAUAUCUUUUCAGUAAACAUGACCUCAAGCCGGGUGGUGGCGGCUCAUGCCUUUAAUCCCAGAACUCAGGAGGCAGAGGCAGGUGAAUCUCUGUGAGUUAGAGGCCAACCUGAUCUACAAAGUGA